AUGUGGACUGCCGAAGGCGCCACCUCUGCGGCAGCUAGGUUCAAGCCGAACCUCCGUCUAGUGCUGGAGUGGUUCCAUGACGCGUGGAUGAAUAUCCCGCGUAGCACCAUCCAGCGUUGCUGGUGGCGCACCGGUUGUCUCCCGCGCGCAUGGGCGAUGGAACUCCCGCACAUGGAGCCAGGAGCUGGCAGCGGCCCCACUGCCGGAGGAGACAUCGGGCUGGACGAUGACGUCAACGACGUGGGUAGCCUGAUUGCCCGACUCGGACUCGGGCCAAGCGCGAUGCCCGCUGGGGAGUUUGUCGGCAUCGAUGACAACCAGCCGACGUGCGCCGAGCCCGGUGAGGAUCCGUUGGCGAUCGAGCCGCGAUCGGAGCCGAUGGCGGAGAUGUGGGAGGCGCCUGCGUCGAUGCAUGUGGUCUACGACGACAGCAACCCUGCGACGCGCGAAGCACGUCGCACCGCUCGGGCCGCGUGCGAAAUGCUCAUUGACUAUGCGCGCGCGACAUGCAUCACGCCGCGGGACCUGUGCGCACUGUUUGACAUUCGUAACCCGAUAAUCGUCGCGCGGAUGGAGCGCGCAAGCCCUGCUCUCAACCUUAACGCGUCUCCGCCACCCGCCAUGUUGCACGAGGACAACCCACCGGCAGAGACUCCACGUCGCCGUGGUCGGCUGCUGCCGGCGUGGACAACGGUGCCGACCCCUGACUGGGUGGCCCAGUCUGCUCGCCGGCAGGAGCUCAUUGAUGCCGUGGCUCCCGCCGUGAUGUCAGUGGCUGAAGUGCUUCCUUCCUUCCGUCCCUCCUCCUUCCCUCCCUGCCUCCUACCUGACCCCGUGCUCCUCUCCCUCCCUCCCUGCCAAUCUCCCUGCCUCUCACUUAUUUACUUACCUAGCUAUCUACCUACCUCCCUCCCCCCCCUCCCUCUCUUCCUCGCACCCUCCAUCCCCCUCUCCUCGCUCCCCCCCCUUCAUUCCCUCAAUCCCCCAAUCCCUCAAUCCCUCCCUCAAACCCUCAAUUCCUUCCUCAAUCCUCCCUCCAUCCUUGAAUCCCUCCCUCCCUCCCUCAAUCCCUCCCUCCCUCCCUCCCCAUCACCUCCUCCCCCCAUCCAUCCCUGCAUCCCUCCCUCCGUCUAUCUCCUCCCCUCUCAAUCUCUUCAACCUUUCUAUCUCUCGGUUAUCAAGCAUACUAUCGCUGCAUAUCCAGCGUUACCUCGCAUCCCUACCCGGUUUGCAAGUAAUUCAGGCUCAGUAAUGCUUCCCACCAAUCUGUGCUUCUUCCCUCCUUGCCCUUUCCAUCUGUGCCUGAAUUCCCUCCCGUUCCGUUUACCUCCAUCUCUCCCUCUCUCCUCCGCCCCAGGGCAUACCACUGCAUAUCCAGCCUUCCCUGCUACAGCCUCUCCUAGUCACCUCCCUGCCCCGGCAUACUACCGCUGCAUAUCCAGCCUUCCCUGCUACAGCCACGCCGACUUGCCUCCCUGCCCAGCGCGCAAGCACAUUGACUUUGACGCUCACCAGCAGUUCUCCUCGAUUGCUCACAGCACCAAGGUCACAUACGAGGCUACGCACAACCACCCCCCUCCCGCCAUCCACCGCCGCAGACGGCGCGUCCAGCUGCAGGGGUCGCUUCAGGAGACACUGCAGGGAUCACAGCAGGAGACAAAACGGGAAACGCUGCAAGGGACGCUGCAGGAGGCGCUGCAGGAAACGCUGCAUGGAUCACAGCAGGUGUCGAAACAGGAGUCGCAGCAGGAGAUGCUACAAGAGACGAAACAGCGGGCAGCGUGUGCCAGAUUGCAGCAUGGAUCGUGCGACGGGGCACAGAAGGGGACGCUGCACGGGAGGCAGAAAGGGACGGAGCAGCAAGGGGAGCAGCAGGGGACGCAGCAGGGGGCACACCAGGGGGCGUGUGCUGCGGCGUAUUCCCAAGGAGCACUACCAGUAUCUCGUCAGGCUUCUUUGUCUGAACCUCCACAACACAAGCUUCUGCUGCACGCAUCGUGUGGUGGGGCUGCAGGGACCGUGAGAGAUGCGGUUCAGGCAUCGCGUUGUGGGCCUGCAGAAGUUGUGAGAGAUGCAGUGCAGGCAUCACGUUUUGGGCCAGCAGAAAUUGUGAGAGAUGAAGUGCAGGCAUCGGACGAGGCUGCUGCGGCAGCAGCUGUGACGUUGACGUCUUCUGGGAGUGAGAAUGGUGCUGUGCCUCGAUUGCCUCGACACGGUCCAGUUAGUGCUCAAGAUAUCAAGAAUCUGGAGAAGCGUUCAGGAUUAGACGGCUGUGUGGACGCUGGUGCUGGUGUUGGGAAGCAAACAAUCGGUUGGAAGGAUGUGUGUGUAGAUUUGAUUAGAGGAACUGUGCAGCAACGCACUGACAGGCGAAUGGGUGAAGCAAAAAAGGGUGUUACGAGCCGCCGUGCAGCUGGGAGUGACAGUGGAGCCGCUACGCCAGGAGUGAGAACGAGAGGUUUUAUCAUGGGAGGAGAGGGAAGAGGAGGCGGGGAUAUAGGGGGGGUUAUUGGUGCUGGUGCGAGCAGCUGUCUGGCUGGUGGAGGAAAUUAUUUAGCAGAAAAGGAUGGUGCGGUCAUACACUUCACGGACGGGAGGAGAGCUGCAGAAGCUGGUGCUGGCGCAUCACAGUGGGAAGAGGCUUCCCAGUCAACGCUCGGGCCAGUGGCAGCACUGCAGGAGCAAGGGCUUACUCCUUUGAAGCCGCCAAUAGUUACCAUGCAGGAAUGCAGGGAUGCGUGGAUAAGAAAAGCAGAAGGCGCUGCUGAAGUGCUGCAGCAGGAGCCUCUGGGAGGAGAACAGGCAGCAGAUGUUGAAGGUGAAGCGUUGCAGCGGUCGUCUCCGUUUAACGGCUGGCACGCUUUUGAGGCUUGGAGAGCUCGAUACUUCCGUAGCCAAACAAUGCCGUCUCCUCUCAACCCCCUUGCAGUGCAGCAGCCACCAUCCUCUUUAAAAUCGUCACGUUCUUUAGUAAAUUGCGCAGCAGCAUUGGGUCCAGCGACACCCUUUCUGCAUCCAGACGCUCCGCUGUUUCUUCGCGUACAGAGUUCGCCUCUUGUGUUGCCGGCCACACCAGGGGAGGCGCCAGAGAGGGUGGAAGAGUUGCCGAAUGGGGCUCCGUGCAUUCUGGGAAAACAUGGAGACCAUGUGAAGGCAGAGGACGGACUGCAGAAGGAUUGGUGGUUGGGAGAGGCGGGGAUCAAGGGUGAGCAUCUGGAUCCAUUUCAUCGUGCAAUUAAAAGGCAGGUCAGUGAGGGCCCAGUGGAUGCCACAGGCAUGCCUUCCCCAAAAACACCUUUAGGUGUGCUCAAAGAUGGACGCCUUGAGUCGAGGAAGUUUGACAAGGCGGAUAUUGAGUGGAUUUCAGCGCAAGAGGAUCUUGCCGCACCUUGUCCUGCGGAGGUUGCCACCAAUUUGCCACCUCUCUCGUUCAAUAGCUUCAUGCCUGUGCAUGACGCACGAUAG